AUGCCCAAGGACACUGGCAGUUUUUCAUGCUCCUUUGUUCUCCAGGAAGGACUACUGUACACCACAUCGUUUUGCCUAAAAAAACAUCCAAAUACUCACCCCAAUGAACUCUCCUCUCCCACCAUUGCAAUCGAUUAUCCUAGAGUCUAUGAGCUCCUUGGCGGUUAUGAUGGGUCGAGCAACCGGCAAUGCCAAUGUCAAGCGCGAGCUUUUGAUGUCUUUAACCGCGCCAUUGAGCAGAAGGCCGGUAUCAACCUCGCUAACUACUACGAUAUCCUCAUUGAGGCCUCUGGUGCCAAUGAGCGUAUCUAUAUCUCUUGCUUUCAGGGCAUGCACGACCGCCAAGUCAUGAACCCGCAAGAGGACUGCGCACUGUUCUUCUAA